AUGGAGGAUCGAAAGAUGGCGAGUGGGUUUGGGGAAUCAACAUGGAGGGCGCCACAGAACCCUUCUUGUUCAAGCAGUAGUAAUAAUAAUACUAACAACAAAAGCGAUGCUGGUAAUUUUGAGUGCAAUAUUUGCUUUGACUUAGCUCAAGACCCAAUUGUGACUCCCUGUGGUCACCUCUUUUGCUGGCCUUGCCUUUACAAAUGGCUUCACGUUCACUCUCGUUCCCAAGAAUGCCCUGUUUGUAAGGCUCUUAUUGAGGAACAGAAGUUGGUUCCUCUGUAUGGCCGUGGAAAGAACUCAACUGACCCAAGGUCUAAGUCGGUUCCUGGUGUUGAAAUUCCACACCGUCCAGCUGGGCAAAGACCAGAAACGGCUCCUGCUCCUCCCCCAGAUACAAACCCUUUUUCCCAACAAGGGUUUGGAUUCAGGCGGGGAUUGGGUGGAUUUCCUCCUGUGGCAUCUGCGAGGUUUGGGAGCUUCUCAUUAGCAGCGGCGAUUGGUGGUCUCAUGCCAUCGUUAAACAUGUUUAACGUUCAAGUGCAUGGAUUUCCCGAUACUACCAUGUAUAGAACAGCUGCUGGUUUUCCUUAUGGACAUUCUAAUGCGUUUCAUGGAGGUUAUGCUCAUGGAUUCCCUCAGCACAGAAGUCAACAGCAACAGGCUGAUUACUUGCUGAAGAUGCUGUUUUUGAUAGUUGGCAUGGGUGUGAUCUUUGCUUUAAUUUGGUCGUGAGGUAAACUUGCUACUCGCUACCGGUGCCCAAAUUGCUUACGAGUGUCUAGGAUUUCAUCCCCGUUCCUUUUGUUAGUAUUGGAUCAUUUCGUGCCUACCUUUUCUUUAUCACCCCUCAUCCCCCACCCUCCUUGGUGGUUGAGAAAAUUGUUCCCGUGACAUUUUUUUUUAUCUUAUGUAGCUUCUAUUAUCUCAACUUGUAUAUGAAAUCUGACCUGUCUGUCUGUCUCUCUCUCUCACACACACACACGCACAUAGACACAGACACAGACACAGACACUGGUUAAAACCUCAUAGGUUAUGUGACUCUAUAAUGGAGAUAUUUGUGUUAAUUGACAGGCCAUUGAAGAUGAACAUAUGUUGACUGCAUAGAAUCUUAUAGUUAAGAAAGUAACCUCAAUAUAUUUUGGAUCUCCAAUCCUACUAUCAGUCCUUAGAGUCCUAAAUAGAGGCUCAACUUCCAUUGGAUGCAUGAAGGAAUCGUAGGGAUAUGAGAGCUAUAGCAAUGUGAACAGGAAGCUUGCAGAUGGGGACCGUGAAGCGAUGCAUUUCCAUUUGUUGUUUUCAAGUUCUGAGGUACUUGGUGAACCUUUGCUGUUUUUCGUUUUACUGGACAACUGGUCCAACUAUGGCUUUCAGUUAGAAACUUCAUCCUGGAUGAUUUGAUCUUCUACUUUAAGAGAGCUCGGGGCCCCAGAAUUCCCAAGACUCAUCUAUCUAGCACAUGGGUUGCCGGUUUGGCCAAGUUGGGAUUUUUUUCCUUUUUGUCUGUGUUGGUUAAUCUGGCUUUUUAUAGUCAGAGUUUUAGUUUUAAUCAUUGUCUUUUGUGUAUCAGACGGGUUAAAAUUAUAAGUUUUGGAUGUUACAUAUAGUUGUGGCUUGGCCUGUUUGAUGGCUGAGAUUUUGUUUUUUUAAUAAAAUG